UUUGAAUAAUGCGCAAAAAAAAAAAUGGAAUAUUGAGGUUAUGUAACUUUGUUUUGGUUUAAGCUUUGAAAGCAGCUCUGUAGAGGCGCCAUUCGAGUUUAUAAUUAUUAUCUAUAGUUAUCUAUGCUCGACGCUGCUUAUCUAUGAUAUGUAUACAAUAUAGUGCAAUUUGUAAAUGUAGUUUAAACAAUAGUAACAGCAAGAAUGUAUAAGGCUAAAAUGGUAAUUAUUUAGAAAAUAUAAGCCAACAUUCAGAAGAAUGGAUGUUCUAUGAAAAAUCAAUGAUAUAAACACACCCAAAAUGUUGAGCAGAAAAAUGAAUAAUACUACAAGUAUGUGUACAAAAGUGCCCUUUGUGUGCAUCUUUAUCAUUGUUCUCAUACUGUGCAUAGAUUGUAAGUUCGAAUUGAUUGUGUUCAACACAAUUUUCUUAUUACUCUAUGUACUACUUGUGCUAUUCACUACUGUGUGGAUAAGCUUUGCUGUUUUCCAACACAUCCUGAAUCAGCAUAAGCCAUUUGAUAUACCAGCCACCAACAGAUUCAUAGAGUCACUGAAAAACAAACUGUUCUCUUACAAUGCACAAACAAAUAAAGUGCAGGAAGCCAAAAUUGAUGAUAGAAUUGAUGAUUUUGUCAAUGAUAUUGAGAGGAAUUACAUAAGGAAAUGGUACACAGUUUAUGUGAGUACAGAUGAGGCAUUUCUCAAAGAAAGCAGGAAUUUAAUUGAUAUCAUUGUGAGGAGAUUUCUGCAAAUUUCAACUCAAAUUAAUUCAGACAGGUUGAUUCUUAGGAUACUUGUUGUUCUGUUGAAACACAUAAAGGAGUACAGGAGGGCAACCAAGAGAUAUAAAAGUAUUGGAGGAUCCAUUGAGUCACAUUACAGGUAUUCUCAUGUUGGAUCUAAAAGUAUCAAGAGCAUGGAACAGUUCAGCUACAACAUAACUACAAAGCUCUUGAGACAUUUUAUAAACUGGGAACUGUACAAUUCACUUGGCAGCAAAUGCGUGACAUCAAUUAUGUCUAAGAAACUAGUCAAUUAUCUCUUGGUGCACAUGUCCUCACCUGGUUUUAUUAAUUACAAAAUUUUAAUGGAAUUGAGUGAAGAUGUGGACAAAUUCAAAAAGUAUUCCUUUAUCAGUAUUUCUGACGUUGAUCAUUCGGAUCUCUCAACAACAAACGUAAUUCUUCCUGAAGAGAAAGCAGAGGACGUGGAAGAUUGUUUGGCGGUGGAGAAUGAUGAGGCGCCCAUUAAAGAACCGUCGACCCCUAUAAACACUAGACUAAUGAGCGCCCCAGUCAAGAUUCAUGAGUCAAAAUCUAGUAACAAAACUUGGAGGUAUUCAAGUGAUUUAGAUUGCAUUUCUUUGGGACAGGAUAUCUUGGAUCUGGAUAUACCAGACAUGGGCAGAAAGUCGUCAAAAUCGUUGAUAGAUUCUUGUGAAGUUCCAGCUAUCCCUGAAGACCAUGAGAUUUUUGGGAAUUUGAAGCAUUCUAUUAGUCAAGCGACAACGACGACGAUGAAGGAAAUUCAGCAAAGCACCGUCAACAAUGUAGUUAAGCCUAUGUCUCUAGCUACGAGCAACGCGAUGCACAAAAUCGGAGACUUCCAGGAUGAAGCGGCUGGCGUUGUCGAAGGAUUGUUCGAUUUCGGGAUGGCCGGCAUCAGAAAAGGCCUAAGAUUAACCGGUUUGCAGGAUGGCCAAGAGAACAACAUUCUGUGUCGUCAGAAGAAUGUUCAAGUAGAAGAUCCUAAAAGUUUCGGCGAAGACACUGUUUGGGUGAAUCCCUUGUUGGAGAGACGGGCAAAUUCGUCGCCCAGUUUCGAUGGCGAAAUUUUAUUGGAGAAAUCACCGGAUUCGCGAUCAAUGUCCAGCGAAUCCAAAGCUACCGAAAGCAUUCCUAUAAUGGAAAUAGAUAGUCCGGAUCCGGAGUACGAAGACACCACCGAUUUGGCUACGACCACGGCGAAAUUAAGAUCGCUUCUAGCGCAGAAGACUUCGGAGUCUACUCCUGCUGUUAGUCCAGUGUCCGUGACGCCAAUCGAGAUUAUAAGUUCCGGAAGUUUGGAGGACUUUUGUGAAGACGGAGCACCGAGCGUAUACAAAGCUUGGGCAAAGACCGCAACCGGUGUCUUCCAGAACACUCUCAACACCUUGAAAACAGCGCUGCCCGGAAACAACGAGCAAGAUGGCCUGGUCACUACUUCCGUUGCAACGACCAUUAAACCGAUUGCGGAAAUGGGAGAGAAACAGUGGGUGUUCGUGCAGGAGGACGUCCAGUCAGAUGAUUUACAUCAGCACAUGGAGAAAUUCUUGGCCGAAAGACAAGUUUUCUGCACUAUAGACAACGCGUACGAAGCGGUGGAAGCGGUUGAACUGUCGGAUAAUUUGGACGCAUCUUUGAUACUCGACAGGCGACAGUUUGAUGAUGAACUUGACGAUUUCGAUGCAACAAUUCCGAUGACCAAAGCCUUGAUCGACUUAAUCUGCGAGCUGAUCGAAGAUACUUUUCCACCCUUGGUGAAGGAGAACGUUGUGAAGGUUUUGCUGUUGACUGUGGGUAACUCUGCGGAGAGCAAAUUGCACGAGAUCGGAGAAAAGCUUAUUAAAGCCAUCAACGGAUGUAUUGGAAAGAUACCAAAGUUCGAUGGACCGACCAUUCCAUGUCCAAUGAAAAUCGAUGAAUUGGUUAAUCUUUGUUCUGAGUGCAUACCAGGAACAGUGAUGAAGUUACUGAACGAAAGUUUGGUGAAAUCGGCGCUGCACUUGCUGCUUCUUUCUCUGCAGAGCCAUAGGAUUAACCAAGACACAAACAUGCAAUUGAUGGAAGUAUUCGCUUCGGAGAUUACGGAAGCAGCCAGUAAAUCGUCUCCAACGUUCUCCGCAUAAAUAUUUAAGAAAUCAGUAUUCGAUUACUUUAUUUAUUAUCAUUUGUA